AUGUAAUUUUAAGAUUACCCAAAAAGAAUAAGAUUGAAUCAAAGUCUGUAAAAGUAAAAUAUUACUGAGUUAAAAAGCAUAGAAUUAUCUUAGGAGGACAUUUAAAAUAAGUUAUUUAAAUAAAAAGGUAUAAUAGAAUAUUUGAUAAUCAAACUCAAAAUCUAAGAAUAAAUAAAUGAUUAAGAAAGGUUAGAUUUAGAGCUGAUAGAGAAGGAUUUUGGAGAAUUGUUUAUAGAAGAUCUUAUAUCUUUAUAAACCUUUUCACAUAUGGAUAAGAUAUAAAAUAUAAUUUAAGGUUUAGAAGCUAACAUAAAUGAAUCAUUAAAAUUAAUUAAUGAUUAGCAGUUUAACUACUGGUAAUUGAAAAAUGAAUCAGAAAAGUACAAUCAUUUAUUAAGUUAAUUAAAGCUAAAAGAUUAAUUUAAAAACCGUAAUUAAGGCGAUGAGCUUGUCAUAUAAUAUUUAAAAACACUAAUUGAAGAAAUUGAAAAAAUUUCAAAAAAAUUUUCUAAUUCUUUAAAUUAAAAUAUGGAGGAUAAAUAGAUUUAAGAAAUUUUAAAAAUGAUAAUUAAUGAAUAGUUAGGAUAAUUAUAAAUUUUUAUAAAUAAAUGCAAUUAUCAAGAAGAAGAUUAAAUCAAAGAAUCAAAUUAAUUAUCACCAAAAAGGAUAGAAAAUUAAGUACAAAAAUAUCAAUAAUGUCUUCUCGAAAGUGAAAUUGAAGAGCAACUUUAGGAAAAAUAAAGUUUGUAAGAAAAUUAUCUGAAUAAAAAAAAAGAUAAAACUUUAGGAAUUAAUUAAUCUAUAGUAUAUGACGGAAAAAAUUAAUUAAGAUUUGAAAUAAAUGAAAAAUCCAGAAUAAAUCUUUAAAUAAUUAUUAAAGUUAUAAAACUUUAGUAGAUAAAAAUAAAAGAUGAUUAUAAAUCUUUAGACUAGCUACUUUAAGAAAUCAAAAAUUUUUAAGUUUAACUUGAUUUAAUUUAAACAUUAAAGAAAGAAACUUAAGAAAAAAUUAUUGGAUAAAUAACAUAAUUUUUUAAAAAUUUUAUCAAAAUAUUUGAAGACAAGUAAUUGAUACGGAUUAAUUUGAAAUAACAGUUAAAUGAAAAUUUUUCUAUGUAUUUUAAUAGAAUUUAGACAUAAAUAUAAUAUGUGGAGUCAAACAUAAAUGAAAAUAACGAUUUAUAAAGUAAUUUCUAAUAAAUAAAUGCUUCUGAUUUUCUUUUUAAAUUAAAAGAUAAAAUUCGAGAACAACUUGUUGAUAAAAUUUAAUUAUAAUAAGAUAAAGAAAUUGACUAUUAGUUUUUAAUAUAAAAAAUAUCUAUGAUAUACUAAUUAGACAAUUUUUAAUAAGACAUUUGUGAAGAGUCAAAUGAAGAGCUAAAUUUAUUUGAUACUUAUUUACAAAAUUAUAAAGAUUUUAAAAAUAAUCAUGAAUGGAAGAUAAAAUAAGGUUUAGUUUUAGGAAUCAAUUAGAAUUCAUCAAAUUGCUACACAGAUAGAAUUAUUUCAUUUUGCUAAAAAGCGCUUAUCCAACUAUGGGCUUAAGAAAAAGAUUAAAGAGUUAGAAAUUUAUUAAAAAAUUAAGAUCUAAUAAGUUUACAAAUCCAAAUAUUAUAGCAGGAUUGGAUGACUUAGCAUGAUAGAAUUGCUUGUGAGAUGUAAUAAAUGUUAAGGAAAAUAGAUGAUUUAUAAGAAUCAAUAGUCCAUGAAGCAAAUCUUAAUAAACGAGAACAAUAGCUAUAAGAAUUAGAUGAAACAACUUAAAAUUUAGAUGAAUACCUUGAAAAUAUUAGUGAAAUGGGGCAACAGCUUAAAUUGAUCACUGAUUUCGUAAAUCAUAUUAGAAAAGGAUUAAUUAGAUUAGAGGGAAAAAUUACAUAGAUGAAAGAAUAACUAAAUAGAAUAGGUAAUGACAUUAAAUUUCUGAGAGGAAAAUCUGUUAAGUAACUACUUGAAAUUAGAAAAUGGAAAGUAUUAAAAGAAUCUUCUUAAAAAAAUCUGAAAUCAAUAUAUAUACCAUUAAAAACUUAAAAAAACGUAUAAAAUAGUGCAAGUAAUUAAAGUUAUUUGAUGAAUUUAGAACAAUAUGAUGAUAAGAAUGGUGAAAUAAAUGAAUUUUUGUUAGAAGAUAAAACAGUAUUAUUAAUACAUGGUAUUGCUGGAUCAGGUAAAAAUACAACAGCUAGAAAAAUUGAAGAAUUUGUUUGGAAAUUACAUGAUAAAAAUAUUAAAAUAAAAAAUUAGAUUGUUAUACCUAUUUAUAUUUAUUUACCUUCGUUGAAAAUGAAAAAGUAAGAAAAGUUAAUGGGAAAAAUGAAAAAACCCUAUCUAUUAAACAGUAGAUGA